AUGGAUACCAUCCGAUUCCUAGCCCAGUCCAAGUUCUCUGACUACGAUCGCUUCCAGAAGCGUGAUUUCCACCAAGUCCACUCCUCGGUGCUUACUGAUCAGGCCAACAUCGCCGCAGCAGGCGAAAAAUUCCAGGAGUCAGAGUCACGAGGCCAAAUAAAGCCACAGCUUCUAACAAUAAAAGCCUCCAUGAGUGGGGAGUCCACCUUGUCGCUUCAGGAAAUGGACGACGAGCAUAUGCUCAAGCAUCUCAGUCUACCAGAGAGUCAAGGACCCGGUGCAUCGCUGUCCUUGAUAGUGGUGCCGUACAACACACAGAAUUGGUCAUUCGACACGAGCAAAGCUACCUUUCUCAAGCUCUUUGAGCUGUGCGCCCUCGAUCCGGCCGCCCUGGACCCCAUACGGUACCCGGCCUGGGGUAUGCACAUCUUCCGCCAGCCCCAUCACUGCGCGACGUAUUAUCUGGGCAGCGUCCUCGGCAUCAUGUGCUGGUCCUUUGAUCCGAGGACGGCCACGACGCGCGGCAUCGUCGUUCCCCGAUCGACCCUCGACACCGGUCACGCCAAGGAUACUCUGGCCCGCCUCGUCAAGCUGCUCACCCUGCAAAAGGAGCACAUCCACACGCCGCACACCCUGACCUUUGUCCAGUUGAUAGAUCUCGUCUCGACAGUGGAGGAGCUGCUGUCGCGGGAUUUGACAAAACUGGCGCAGAUCGAGCGGAUGACUGGGCACGGGCUGUGGACGAGGAGCCUGGAAGGACCCGAGAAAGAGUCGGACCCAUCGCGGGAGCUCGCUUGGCUGAAGGAGGCGUCAAAAGUCAUCGGAAACAAGUCCAUGAAUAACUCCCGCUAUACGUAUCUGCUAGACAUUGUGGAAGCGGCGGUUCGCGACGUGAGAUUGGACGACAAACUGGCCGAGGGCGUCUACCGCGAGACUGGCCCGGAGCAGCAGCAGUACACCCGGUACCAGUCGGACGCCAAGUACAGGCUAGAAGCUUUCCAAAACCUAGAGCGACGUGCAUCGAGGCUCCGACCAUCACUCAUUUACCACUCGAGCAGGUUCAGCGGCCAGGCGACCGUGAUUGCCUCUCUCAUCUCUCACGCAGAUGCCAGGACUGGCAUGAAAAUAGCCGAGGCCAGCAUGGAGACGGCAGAAGCAGCAAGAAAAGAUGCCUCUGCGAUGAAGACUCUGGCGGUCAUUACCAUGCUAUUCUUGCCGGCCACGUUCCUGGCAGCCGUGUUUGCCAUGCCGUCGCUUCAAUGGGAUAAGGACGAGGUCAUUGGGCCGCGUUUCUGGAUUUUCUGGGCCAUAGCAGUCCCCUUGACAGUGGUCGUCUUCAUUGCGUGGUUCGUCUUGAAUCGCCAGACAGGAGUGUCACGGCGCCCCGAGCGUAAUGUCGCUUCUGUGGGACCAGUUUGA